GGGACAGUGGGUUAGACUGAGUUGCCUUCUCUUGGUGUUGCUAGUCUCUGGCCAAGAGCUUGUUUUCUCCAGGAAGCAUGUCCUAUCCAGGAAUCGGAGACAGUAUGACUCCUGGUGGGGGAAUACCCAGUCUGGUUGGGGGUCCUCCAGGCUGGAUGUUGGGGUGGUGGGUCAGUCCAGGCAGCUGCAGAUUCCUGUCCAGCAUCCUAUUAGCGUGCAGUGCAUGGAGGAUGCAAUGGUGGUAUCUGUACAGAGGGAUCUCUAUGGAAAUGGGCGACUGGUGAAAGCCUCAGAUCUGAGUCUGGGUCCCAGGCAGUGUAUGCCAAGCUCCCAGAGUACAGCAACUACAGUGAUCUUCAAGCAAGGGCUGCAGGACUGUGGAAACACCUUACAGAUGACCUCAGGCUAUCUUAUCUACAGCACAUACCUGACCUACAGCCCGACUCCUUCUCGGAACAGCCCCAUCAUCCGAUCCAACUCUGCUGUGAUUCCUAUCCAGUGCUACUAUGUCAGACAUGGCAAUGUGAGCAGCAAUGCCAUUAAACCAACAUGGAUUCCCUUUGCUUCCACCAUAUCUGCAGAAGAGCGUCUCUCCUUCUCGUUGAAGCUAAUGAAUGAUGACUGGAGUGCCCUACGGACCUCUACAGUGUUCACUUUAGGUGACAUCUUCCACAUAGAGGCUUCUGUUGACACUACAAAUCAUGUGCCUAUGAAGAUCUUCGUUGACAGCUGUGUGGCGACAUUAUCCCCUGAUGCCACCUCCAGCCCUCAUUAUGAGAUCAUUGCUCAGAAUGGGUGUUUGUUGGAUGGCAAACAGGAGGAUUCAUCCUCUGCCUUUAGGUCCCCAAGGCCCACACCAGACCGACUCCAGUUCACAGUUGAUGCCUUCAGAUUUGUUGGAUCUGAUAACUCUAUGAUCUACAUCACCUGUAACCUGAGAGCUGUUGCAGAAAACCAGGUACCUGACCCCAUGAACAAGGCAUGUUCCUUCAGCAAAUCCAACAAUCUCUGGACAGCUCUUGCAGGCACCAGUAACAUCUGCGGUUGUUGUGACUCUGGAAACUGUGCCACUGGUCAGAGCAGAGGACUUUAUUCACGGUAUCCUGGUCAGAGGGGAUUUAAGAGAGAAGCUGCAUCUGGCAUUCUGGAGCAAGAAAAUGGAUCAGCCACACUUGGACCCUUGUUGGUGGUUGCAGCAGAUCAGGGUCAGAAUCUUGAUGUGGCAGAUGGUGAGCAGGCUCUUGACAUGGCAGAUAUGGAACAGGCUCUUCCAGUAACUCAGGCAUCUGGACCGAUAGAGCUGUGGAUGUUCGUGGUCAUUGUCUCUCUGAGUAUAUUUCUCACUGUUCCUGGUGUACUUUUUGGUGUGUCUGUUAUUAAAAAGAGAUAUUCAUCCCAAAGAGGUUAA